GAAGCAUAUAAUAAAGAUGAAAAAAAUAAAAGUGAUAUUAUUAUUGCUAUAAGUUCAAUACCUGAAAGUGAAAUACCAAAAGGAGAAUGUGGCGUUUCUUAUAAUGAUGGUUCUACAACAUCAAAUUUAAUUAGUCAUCUUGUACGAAUUCAUAAGGUAUAUAAACUAAAUGAGAAAAUAUAG